ACCAAGAAAGAGAAACAUGAGAACCACUGACGAAAAAAAAAAAUGGCCGACAAAAAUACAUAAUAGUAUUGUUGACAGGAGCUGAAUUGUAUUAUACUUACUGACAAUUUUUUAAUACUGAAUGUAGAAUGGAGGUAACGGAAUGUUUGGUUGAAUAUGUAAAGAAACAGUUUCUUUGUGGUACGUCAAUAAAUAAAUUUAAUUUUACGACUUUCAGGCACGAUACACAUUAUCCAAUGGACGUUAAUAUUCAAAAACAAAUCCUGGAUAAUACAAUAAACAACCCAGUAGUUGUAAAAUAUCCAAUAAGAAAGUCUUAUCAGAGAGCAUUUUUAAAAUAUCUUAUUAACAAGCUGGAACAAACAGAUCAAGAAAUACAUGAUGAAUUAUACAGUAAGUACUGUGAGCUAGUUUCGAUAAAAUCCAAAGAAUGCGAAACACACUACAAACACUUUCUACUGGGAAAACAGAAUUGUAUUACUCUGCAGGAGAGCACAAAUAUAAUCUCACAUGGCACAACAGGCCUAUGUAGUUGGCAGGCUGCUCUAGGUCUGGGAGAAUGGUGCUUGAAAAAUAUGGAUAUAUUGAAAGGAAAAAAUAUUCUUGAACUAGGAUCAGGAAUAGGCCUAACUGGAUUGACUGUGAUCAGUACAUGUUCUCCUGAUAGUUUUACAUUCUCAGACUGUCACCCUGCUGUUCUUAAGAUGCUCUGUCAAAAUAUUCAAUUAAACUUGUGCACGAAACAAGAAUCUUGCCAAGGCAGAGUUUAUAUGAAUACAAAGUUUAACGGGACACAAGUUCUUGUUGUAAACUUACCAUGGGAAGAAAUUGAGCAGUCCACAAUUAACGGAAUCUGGCAAUACCCGGAUGUCAUAUUAGCAGCGGACGUGCUUUAUGACAGUAGUAAUUUCGACGCACUAAUUGGCGGACUAAAAUAUUUCCUUUCCAAAAAUAAUUGCUACGCCAUUAUCGCUGCUACUGUUCGCAAUACUGAGACUAUAUCGCAGUUUCUGUAUGAAUUAGAAAAUUGGAAUCUCUACUUCGAAGAACAGGCAUUCCCAGAUUCGCAAGUGUUCAUAAAAACUGACGAAACACCAGUGCGCAUAAUAAAAAUAUGUGUAAGACAAUAAAUAAAGUACUAUACACAUAUA